AUGGGAGGCUUCUUCAAGAAGAUCACAUACGGAUUGCUCAAAUCUGUCAGAGCAUUUGACAUCUAUGGCAAGCCGAUAACUCUUCAUUACAGAGGAGAGGAAAAAUUCAAGACUUAUGUUGGAGGCUCUGUUACUAUCCUGGUCUUCUUAGUGUUAUUAAGUUAUGCUUCAUAUCUCACUGCCGUGAUGUUUCAAAGACAAACUGUUAUAUAUAGCUCAAGCUGUGUUGUAAGAGAUCUUAAUUCAGAUUUAAGCGAUAACAAGCCAGCCGAGCAUGGCUUUGCAAUGGCGAUAGGCUUUAGAUGGAAUAAUAUCAGCUUUCUAGAUGAAGCUUUUUUGAGAAUGUACAAAGUCAGGGCUUAUCAAUACUCUGCAAUUCUUCAAACUGGUGGUUGGAAUGAAACAGAGGAGGAACUUGAGUUAGUGAGAUGUCAAGACUAUUUUCCAUAUUAUAACCAAACUCAUCUUAAACGGUACAGAAUUAACAACCACGUUUGAAUUAAGGUCAAGGAUUAUUCUAUAGCUGGAAAUUUGUACACAGAUAUCUCCAAAACUUUGAGAAUAAAAAUUAGUAAAUGAUCUUCCGCUGACAGAGGAGACUGCUACGAAUCUAAGGAUAUUGAUGAGUAUAUCUUUUAUCAGUACCUUGAAGUUGUCAUGAUCAAUAGUUACUUUGAUUUGCAUAGUUUCGAUGACCCUAUUAAAACCUAUCUGACCCAGGAGUAUUAUUAUACCUACCAGGCAGGUUAUUUUACACAGACAAAUUUUUACUUGAAAGAGAAUAAUAUGGAUGCUCUGGAUGAUUACACCCUUGUUGGUGGGAAAAAGAAGCGAAAGUUCUACACAGUUGCUAAGGAGAAAACUGAUAAAUAUGCUUAUACUUCUGGAGAUUAUGCACAAAUUGAGUUUCAUUUAGAUCCCGAAACUGAGGUUUUCAAGAGAAAUGUAUUUACAUUUAUGGAUUUGCUUGCAAAUAUCGGAGGAAUCUUUAGUUUACUGAGCUCACUAGCAAUGCUUAUUGUAGGCUUCUACGCAGAGAAGAUGCUAAGAUACUCAAUUAUGGCGAAAUGCUAUACUUUUGAUAAGAGAGAGUUGUUUCAAGAGCAACCAUGACAAGACAGUGAGGGAAGUCUUGAAGUACCAAAUACACCUGUCCGAGAACAACCAUCAGAUGCUUACGGUAGAAAUUUACUAAAAGAGGAUCUGGCAGAAGAAGAGAAAGAAAACAGGAAAGAAGAAAGCGAAGACUUUGAAGGAGGCUCCAAAGAAGGUUCCAAAGAAGAAGAGAAAGAACAUCAAAUUUCGAGAAAUUUCUAAUACUGAUUAUGACGAUGAAUUGUUAA